AUGAAUCACUGCGUGAUCCCUAGCCCCAUCUUGGGGGAGGCAUCAGGAGAGAGUGGGAUGGCUGCUGAUUUUGGCCUUGGUUUGAGUCAUUCCGCUACGGAGGAAGGGGAACUGGAGAUCUCGUAUCGCAACGGGCGUCUCCUCGUCCACGAACACCUCCACAAUGUUACUGAAAACCAUGGACUUCAGGCCCAAGAGGAGUUGAGGCAAGGUUCGUCGUUGGCCGUGUUUGGAGUGCUGGCCGCCAUGGCAGCCACGGCUGUUUUCAUCCUAGUCAUCGCUGCCAUCAUAAGGAAGAUCCGGAGCAAGGACGUGGUAGAAGGAGAGGACGAUGAGAAAGGAGAGAAGGGUAUGGACUUGACAACAAAGUCGCUUUCGUGGGAUUUUCCACCGGACACGAGAGGGAAGCUGGAUAACUCCGUCUUCAUUUCCGCCUUGAAGGAUUCCUCCACGCAACGGGCCUCUUCCACUCAACCUGUCUCUCCCUCCUCCCCCUCCUCCUCCUCUUCCUCCACCUCCAAUUCGACAACUCUUGACGAGAUCAAAGUCGACUCGGUGUCGGACCUGUUCCCCAAGUCCCGCGGGAACAAAUGGGACCGGAUGCAGAAACGACUCAAGAAGGGGAUGAACCGAGCCCCAUUCGGGAAGAAGGAAGAGAGGACGGUCUCCAUCGUGGAUCUCCCCCCGGAACAACUUCAGCAUAUCUUCGUCUACUAACUCUCCCACUGACCAAGGUGAAAGCGAUGAAAUGGGGAGGAAAAAAUAAGCGAUAACCACCUGUGCCAAUGAGGAGGUGCCUUUCCCCUCUCCGUUUGGGACCAAGCAAAAGGAAAAGAUGGUGAUGAUAUUUUUCCGAUAUCGAUGGUGGUGAUUUCUUUUCACAACUUAAUUUACGGAGAGAGGAUUAAAAAAAACUCGAGGUUAAAGAAUGGUUCCCCUGUCUUGCCAAUCCCUUGCCAAUACUUUUGCAGUAUUGAUGAGUACAUGAUGAUGAUGAAUGGACCUGUUUCUUUAUGGUAGUUGACUUUUGCUUUUUAUCUCCCCCUCCAAUUGGGGUUCUGUGACAUCCCUUUUCUGGAUAUAUGAAUUUCCCUCCUAUUGGGCCUGUCCUUUUUCUUGGCCAACCUUUUCUUUUGGAAAAUAAAAAAUCCCUUUAUUUGUGACGACAA